GCUUUGUUUUUUACUUUAUUGUUAGUUAAUUGUUGAAUGUAGUAGCGCAGCAAACACACCAGACUGGGAGAGCAGCAGGAGUUCUCAUUUUAAACCUAAAUAACUGCGAGUCAGCCAUGAAUUAUCAACAGCAGAUUGAUAACAUUGUGUCCACUGCAAAAUUUGGAGACUUGAUUGAGUUUUCCUACCCACUCGGAUAUUCGCACUGGGCCAUCUAUGAUGACGAUGGACAUGUAAUCCAUUUUGCGGUUGCAGAUGAGAAGCAACUAAUGACAACUGUUCGUACUUAUCUGCAAAAAAUCGUGCCAGUAUGUGGGGACCUUCUCCUUGGAGAAACCAAGAUUCGCAGAGUCCCUGUUGGUGAGGUCAAUGUCCCACAUGGAGCCCAUGCGUUGGUCAGUAACAAUCGCCAUGCCUUCACACCUUCAGCACCUGAGGAUAUGAGGCUACGCCGUGACGCCCUUCUCAAUCAAUCCCUUCCAUAUAACCUUUUUACUCUAAACUGCGAGCACUUUGCCACUUUCAUACGCUACGGGAAAGCUGUGUGCAACCAGAUCCCUGCAAAACCCAAGAAUGAAGAGUGCACAGGAGCAACUACAGUUUUCAAAGACAUUGUCAACUCAAAGCAAACUGAUUAGAAACCUUUUCAUUUCUACAUAUAUAAACUUGUGCGGUGCCUCAGUUUGGUCUUUCUGAGUCACAUCACCGUAAAUAUCCAACAUGUUCUCUUCGUCUGGCCCUCUAUAGAGCUUAGCCUGGUUAUUUUUUUAUGAAGCCACUUAUGGGAUUGGCAGUAUGCACUGCAAGGUUUAAACUUACUUGUUUUUUGCCCUUAUUUAUUCAUUUGCAAAUGCUUAGUUGAAACCGAUAAAUAUUUUUUCUCAGCAAAAUAUCUUUAAUAAUUCCUCCAGAGAAAAAAACAAUCUUGGGAUUCAUAAUUUGGCCGAGCAAAAGCCCUGAAGCUAUAAGGUUCACCACGACAAACCACACGCUGGCAAGCUGAAAGCACGUGAUGAUUAUAACGCCAAAAGAUAACGUGUGAUAAAAAAAACAAUGUAGAUACUGAUGUUCUACUGAUGUUCUCAUAUAAUAUAUCAGAUAUAUUUUUCUGUUCAGUCACAAAACAUAAACAAAUUCACCUAA